AUGGCUACUUUUGACCUUCCUGAGAAAUUCGAUGACCUCCCCAAUAAACUCCAGUACUGGCCCGCUCCGCCAGGCUCGCCCGAAGAGGGCCUUGGUAUGCUCCGCAUCCUAACCCCAGACAUUGUUGCCAACGCAGCCCGAACACAAAUCCAAACAGGCGAGCGCGUAUGUCUACAAUGGGGAAUCGAGAACCUAAACCCGCCAGAGUAUCCAGGGUUUGGCCGCAAACCCUUUGAGCACAAAGUAAAAUGGGUCGCGGAGGGCGUAGCCUUCGACGACGAAUACCACUUCAACCCGCAGCAGUCAUCUCAAUGGGACGGUUUUCGUCACCAUAAUGGCCCCGCGCCAACGGCCGAAGACCCCAACCGCCGCCUCUUUUACGGCGGAACAACCGCAGAGGAGAUCCAGGACCCCGCAAACCCGCGUAUCGGAAUCGGGUACUGGGCGACGAAGGGCAUAGCAGGGCGCGGUGUCCUAAUCGAUUUCGUCUCGUGGGCUGAGAAGAAGGGGAUCCCUAUCAACGCGCUAUCGCAACAGGAAAUCUCGCUGGACACGGUACUCGAGAUCGCACGCGACUGCAAGAUCGAGUUUCAGCGCGGCGACAUCUUCUUCCUCCGCGUGGGACUACCGCAGACCUGGGCAGCUAUGGAUAAUAGCCAGAGGAAGGUGUAUAGCCAGCAAGCGAUGCCGAAGCAUGCGGGUAUUGAGCAGAGCGAGCGUGUGCUGCGGUUUUUCUGGGAUAACCACUUUGCGGCGGUUGCGUCAGACGCGGUGAGCUUUGAGGUGUUCCCGCCCCGCAAUCCGGAAUUUGAUCUUCAUCAUCAUAUGCUGGCGGGGUGGGGGGUGCCGAUUGGCGAGAUGUUCGAUCUGGAUGGCCUGGCGGACAUGUGCAGGGCGCAUGGACGGUGGACUUUUUUUAUCUCGAGUAGCCCGUUGAAUUGUGCCAGGGGGAUGGUAGAGCUAGACAUAAUGGCUGCGCUAAGCAUAGAGAACGCCCGCGCGCUUCUCACGGCGCUCGUUUCCUGGAGAACCCUCGCCCUGCUCCUCGCAAUCCUCAAUCUCAAGAACCUCCCCUUUGCCUGGCACGCCCGUAUAGCCCGGCACCUCCUCACCAACGUCCGCUGGCGCCCCGACUACCCAUUCUUCCCCAAGGGCAAACCCCUCACCACCUCAUCCGGCAAACCCACCCACCCAGUGUUCGUUCCCUACAGCAUUACAACCAGCACCCCGCUGCUAGAGACAGACUACAACCUCCACAAAUCCAACAGCACCUACUUCACAGACCUCGAUGUCUCGCGCACCGCCCUCGUAACCCGCAUCUACAGCCCCGGCGUGGGCCUACUAAGCAAAGAACUCGACAGCGAAUUCGCCGCCGCCGCCCAGAAAGAGGGCAAGCCCAUCCCGCCGCGGAAAUCAAUCUACAUCGCCCUCGGGUCCGUCUUUUGCAGCUUCAAGCGCGAGAUCAAGCCGUAUACCAAGUUCGAGGUCGAGUCGCGCGUGCUGGGCUGGGACCAGAAAUGGAUGUACGUGCUGAGUUUCUUCCUCAAGCCUGCGGGUAAGAGGGGCGGGAAGAGGACGCUCUAUGCGACGGCGGUUAGCAAGUAUGUUGUCAAGAAGGGCCGGUUGACGAUUGCGCCGGAGAGGGCGUUGCGGAAGAGUGGGUUUUUGCCGGAGCGGCCGGAGGGUGCUGCUCCUCCUCCUACUACUACUGCUGCCCCAACCUCGUCAGAGUCGGCGGAUGCAUCGGGGACUGGGACGCCAUCUGGGAUUACGGCGGCGGCGAGUGGUGUGGAUGGGUCGUUUGUGCGAGAGGUGCUGAAGUUGCAGGAUAGCCAGAUCCCUGAGGUUGGGAAGCUGGAGGCGGAGAAGGAGGCGAAUGCCUCGUCCUGGGACGGCGACGAGUGGAGCUGGGAGCGCAUCGAAGAGGAACGGGCACGCGGCAUGGCGGUGCUCGAUGGGUUCUGUGAUUUAGAUACGAAGCUGUUUGGCGAGUGGGAGGAGUAG